CUACAAGGCGCCAGCUCAGAGGAACUAGCCUGGCCUGGAUACACACAUACACACAGAGCAUGCUCUGAAAACAGGCGGUGAAAUCACAAGUUAUUCAUAUUUAUCUUCUAGCUGCGAAUAAGAGUGAACUUCAAGGGCUGAAUCUUGAGGUUUACUCCAAAGCUGACACACACCCCUCUGAGUAUAAUGCGAGGAAAACGGGAAGAGACAGAACCGAAGUCUGUUGCUCCCGAGGCGCCCGAAGAAACUACAGUACGACCGAGAAAGAGGAAGGCAGAUGUUGCCAUUUUUUUACAAGACCUGGAUGAGGAGGUAGCAGAGAUGACAAAGAAGAAGCAGCGGGAAUGUGAGGUGGGCUGGAGUCCUGAUGCUGGUUACACAAGUCCACAGAGGUGGAUCCCCACACCUGAUCAGGAAGUGGACCCACCAGUUGCCCUGAUAAACGCAGGUUUCCCCCACUACAACUUUAACAACGUAUUUGUAACCCCCGUGCGCUGUGCCCCGCUCCCUGCACUGUGCUGGGCCAGUAAGGAUGUGGUAUGGAACAACAUGUUGGAGAAGGACAAGACCUACACCAGAGAUGUCCAUGUGAUGGAUAAACAUCCUCAUCUGCAGCCCAAGAUGAGGGCAAUUCUACUGGACUGGCUCAUGGAGGUAAGUGAGGUGUACAAACUGCACAGAGAGUCAUACCACCUCGCUCAGGACUACUUUGAUCGUUUCAUGGCCACACAGAGAAACGUCUUCAAAUCAACACUGCAGCUCAUAGGCAUUACCUGUCUCUUCAUUGCUGCCAAAGUAGAGGAGAUGUAUCCUCCCAAGGUCCACCAGUUUGCCUAUGUUACAGAUGAAGCCUGCACUGAAGAUGAAAUUCUCAGUAUGGAAAUCAUUAUUAUGAAGGAGCUGAAGUGGAGUCUCAGCCCACAGACUCCCAUCUCCUGGCUCAAUGUUUACAUGCAGGUGGCCUACCUGAAAGAGACGGACGAGCUGCUCAUCCCCAGAUACCCACAAACUACCUUCACACAGAUUGCAGAGUUGUUGGACCUGUGUAUGCUUGAUGUGCGUUGCCUUGAGUUUUCCAAUGGCGUCCUUGCUGCUUCAGCCCUGUUUCACUUUUCCUCUCUGGAGCUGGUGGAAAACGUCUCGGCUCUGAAGAGGGUGGAGUUAGAAGAGUGCGUGAGGUGGAUGGUGCCAUUCGCCAUGGCUCUGCGAGAGGUUGGUGGGUCGUCUAUGAAAACAUUCCCAGGAAUCCCUGCAGAUGACAUGCACAACAUCCAGACGCAUGUCCCUUACAUGACAUGGCUGGACAAGGCCUAUUCCUACCAGGAUGUGGAGUUGGAGCGUCACGGCACCUGUCCUGUACCUCCAGGUGUCCUGACUCCACCCCAGAGCAGUGAGAAAACCGAAGAGUUGAACCGAGUGGAUACCACAACGCUGAAAGUCAGGCCCAGGAUUCAGACUUCAUCACCACAACGACACCUUCCAAAGUAGUGAAGCAAACACUGAAGCUGACAAGACAACAGCAAAUCCCAAUUCGACUUUAAGCUGUAAGGGGAAGAAAAGCAAUUCUGAUGUGUUGAUUCUGAACAGCGACGCCACUGCAGUACCAGCACACAUGUUAGGACUGAUGGAUGAAUUUUCAGUAGGGAAAUAUGGAUGGCUAUAUCACUGAUUACUUGGAUCCAGGUGCUUUUUAAAUGUCUAUGUAUUGGGUGCACACAGUGACUUUGAAAUCGGAAAUGCUGACAUGCAGUGAGCAAACACUUUGGACGGCCCUAUCCACACAGGAAUCUGACCUGUUUAACCCUCCAGUUGAGAUGAAAACGCAUCGCAAAGGGCUGUUAAGGAUGGGACAACUGAAGAGUAUUUUUUUUUUUGACGAGGAGUGCACCCAAAUGCUUGCAUUAAUUACCAGCCACACCUACAUUUUGUGGUUGCCAUUUUUAUUUUCUAUGCAGAGGCCAAAUUGAAUGGACAUUUUAUGGAGUCUCUACUUGAUUUAGCAUGUGUGUGUAUGUGUGUGUGUGCGAGACUGUGUGUGAGUGUGUCUGUGUUUGGGGGGGGAGGGUGAUUGCUGUUUUUAAUCUAUAAGUGGCCUCAUUUGCCCAAAAACUAUUCCUAGGGUCAUAUUUGGCUCUCUGCUGCUAUAAAAGUGGGCUUUGCAUGACGGAGGGGGAAGAAUGUGUGUCUGUGUGUGAAAUAGUGUGUUGCUCUUGUUUUUUGGUUCUACUCUUGUCAUUUUAGUGGACAAAACAUGGCCAUGUUUUGCUUAGGGACCAGUAGCUUGGCUACCUAAAUGGACUCAUGAACCAGCCAGGCUUCAGAAGCUAAAGUAUUGAUUGUAUUUAACUUGCAUUUUUAUCCCAACCUGCGGUUUGUUUCCCCACCACCAAAAUGUAAGAUUAUAUUUGACUUUUUUAAAUAAAAUGCUGCUACAUAUUUCCUCUUUUAA